ACAGCCACCAGGGGGCACAGUUUCACAAGAUUUCAGGCAGGAACCAGUCAAAGCAUCACUCAGGUAGUAAAGGGGCAGAUUCGAGGACCAGAUACGAGCGUCUGUUGGGGCUGCGCAGCUCACACCCCUUGGGUUCUUCAGCGGCUGUCCGCUCGGUUUAACUCGUCUCUUUUUGGAAAUCAUGGUGGCUAAAACCAAAAAGCAAACCGGGAAGAGUCCGGCGACCCAGACUGACCGCGACAGGAGCCCGCUUGUUUCGCCACCUGGCAAAAGUAACGUUAGGCGGCCAGGCAGGGAGGGCAAGGUUUUCAACAGCACGCAUUCAAACGGGCUUUCGGGCAUCAGUCACAAGCUGGGGCUAACUCCGUCUGCAGCCGCCAAGCUGGGAAUCACUCUUCUCCUCGCUGCUCUGACUGGAUAUCUGCACUGGUAUCAUCUCACACAGCUCUUUGAGAAUGACAGGCACUUUUCACACCUGUCUAACCUGGAGAAGGAAAUGGCUUUUCGAACAGAAAUGGGUCUGUACUAUUCCUACUACAAGACAAUUAUUGAGGCUCCAUCUUUCCUGGACGGCCUUCACAUGGUCAUGAACGAUCGGCUGACAGAGCAUCCGCUGGUUAUUAACACACUGAAGAGAUUCAACCUCUAUCCAGAGGUGGUCCUGGCCAGCUGGUACCGGAUGUACACAGGUGUAAUGGGUUACUUUGGGAUUCCCACAAAAAUGUGCUGGUCCAUCAACAGAGGAGAGGGACUCACUCCUGUGGACAGCUGUGAAGGAAUGGGUGACCCAGCGUAUUUCUAUGUGGCCUGUGUGUUCCUGCUGAACGGCAUGAUGAUGAGCAUCUUCUUCAUGUACGGCUCCUACCUCAGUGGCAGUCGACUGGGUGGUGUUAUUACCACAUUGUGUUUUUUCUUCAAUCACGGUGAGAGCACUCGAGUGAUGUGGACUCCGCCUCUGAGGGAGAGUUUUGCCUACCCUUUCCUGGUCCUGCAGAUGCUUCUUCUCACAUACAUCCUACGGACACGGAACCCGAGCCGGACAGCUAUGGUCGCUCUGGGCAUCUCCAAUUUGUGCUUUAUGCUGCCUUGGCAGUUUGCCCAGUUUGUGCUGCUCACCCAGGUGGCUUCUCUGUUUGCUUCGUACAUUCUGGGCUACCUCGCUGCUGCUAAGAUGCAGUCCAUCCUCGUCACUCAUAUGAUCACACUCGGCGUCUGCUUUGUCCUGAUGUUUGGUAACUCCAUGCUCCUUACAUCCUUCUACGCCUCUUCACUAGUGUCAAUCUGGGUAAUCAUUGCAAUGAGGGAGCGAUUUGCUCAAGUCUUCAGACAAGGCAUUGUCAUCUGGGUCAUGCAGGGCCUGGCUUGGGUCGGCUCAACAGUUCUGCUUAAAUUCCUGCUAUCCACAGUCUUGGGUGCCUCUGAUGAUGCUCACAUCAGUGGAUUAAUCAAGUCUAAGUUCACGAGCUACAAGGACUUUCACACUCUGAUGUAUACAUGUGCUGCUGAAUUUGACUUCAUGGAGUUGGAGACUCCUGUGCGUUACCUUAAAACGUUGCUGCUGCCCAUCAAUGUGCUGGUGGUUGCGCUCAUUGCUGGCAGGACCAUCCAGGAUAUAGUCCGGUGCCUGAGGCACGGGGAGAAGACGUUGGCCAAGACUGAGGACGCUGACGAAGCUGCAGGGUCUGAAAUAGCUGCAAAAGGAGAGAUGGUGUACCACAGUCUGCAGCUGGUGGCUUUUGCUGUCCUGGCCAUCCUCAUUAUGCGCCUGAAGCUCUUCCUGACGCCACACAUGUGCAUCAUGGCGUCAUUGAUCUGCUCCAGACAGCUCUUUGGCUGGAUUGGGGAGAAGUUUAAGCAGCACACUGUGGUUUUUGCUGUAUUGGCCAUCAUGGCCAUACAGGGAAUGACCAAUCUGCAGGCCCAGUGGGCGAUCAUUGGAGAGUUCAGCAACCUGCCCCAGGAGGAGCUGCUGGACUGGGUCCAGGAAAACACCCGUCCUAAUGCUGUGUUUGCUGGAGCGAUGCCCACCAUGGCCAGCGUAAAGCUUUCCACUGGUCGGCCUAUUGUCAACCACCCUCACUACGAAGAUGCUGGGCUGAGAGAGAGAACCAAGCUGGUCUACUCCAUGUACAGCCGCAUGUCUGGAGAAACCGUUAAGAGGAACCUCAUGAAGCUGGGAGUAGAGUUUUUCAUCCUUGAGGAUUCGUGGUGCACCAGGCGAACCAGACCUGGGUGCAGCAUGCCAGAGAUCUGGGAUAUUGAGGACCCCCAAAAUGUUGGUAAAACCCCCCUCUGCACCCAUAUUUCCAGGAACUCUCGACCCCACUUUACCACAGUCUUUUCCAAUGACAUUUACAAAGUUCUCAAAGUCCCCAAAGCCACCAAAGAUCUCAGAUAACAUCGCUGGACACACUGGCUCAACACCAAACUGUUUGUUGCGUCACUUCUUUGUCGUGCAUUUUUUGGUCACUCACUGCCGUUGCUGCUUUUUACUUCCCAAAAACCCCGGUUCCAUAUUUCUUUUGUUACUCUGAUUCACCAAACGGUGGCUCAAAAACAGGUUGGACAUAACAAACAAGUAUGCCAUGAGUCUAAAACCUCUUGGUGGCAUCACAGCUCUCAGUAUUUUUUAAUUCAGUCUCUUUCCAGACUAGCUAUUGCUGCGUUGUUGUCACUAGUGAUGUUCAUUAUAUGAAAGCCAGGCGGUGGUGGUUGUAGCUCUCCAUUUAGCUUCCUGGCAUUGGUCUUGUUACGUAUAUUCCUUAUUUUAAGGGAUGCUCUACUUACAUUUGUAUAGUGUUUUUCUUACUGUGUAGACCCGAUUUUGACUUUCACUUCAGAAGUAAACUUUUGUCUGGCAAGACCAAUCAGUGAUGUCCACAUACUGUGAAGCAAUACCCUCUGCAAACCUGGCAAAAGCUGACUUCUUCUAUUGUUAUGCACAGUGUUGAUGUAUGAAACGAUUUUUCAGUAGUACACUAUUUUUAUAAUUUAUUGGUGUCACCGUUUUUAUGCAACUUUAAAAGUGUUGAAACAUUUUAUUUUCAAGCAAGCAGUGUUUUGAGACUUUUGGGAGUCUAGGAAGAAAAUAAUGUUCUUGUGUUUUAAAAUGUACAUAACAUUGAUGUCUAUGUGAACUGAAUUCACUCA